AUGAUCAAGUUAAUUGGUUUGUUGCAUAUUACGUACUUUUCCGGUCUUUUGCGUGCAGAUGAAAGUAAGGGAGAAACUAAAACACAAUUGAAGGUAAGAAAGCAGUCUUUAUACCAUGAUGCAAGUAAAAAAGCACUGAAGUUUAAUAUCAUGGUGGUGAAAGAAUACCUAAAGUUUUCUGAUCUAGAAGGGCUGGAUGCUAACCCCAACUCUGUAAGAGAAAGCUUCAAAAAGAUAUUUGGAGAGAAACCUGAUGGAAUAGCAUUAAACAAUGAAACUUAUUAUAGCGCUGUCAAGCCUCCUAUUACUGAGCAGUAUGGGCAUUGGUGCUACAAGAAUGUGGAAGGAGAAGAAAUCAUCAGCAGGGAUUCACCAAAACCAAACACAGCUGUUCUUGGUUCAAACACUGCGUAUAAUCAUGGGGACACUGAUGCUACAGUGCAGCUAAGCGUUACUGGCAAGUGGACAGAUACAACUGGGUGGAAUGCAUCCAUAACAACUGGGAUGAGUUUCGACACGAAAAUAGGCGUAGAAGGAGUCUUUACCUUUGGAACGUCAUUUAAGAUCGACGUUACUGCUGGUACAUCAGGAAGUCACUCUGUAGAAAAGUCAGUAACAUCGACAAUUAGUGUUCCGGUCAAGGCGCGAUCGAAAGUUAAGGUAGAUAUGGUAGCUACUAUGAGAGAGGAGACAAUAACCUACAACAUGCCAAUAUCUGUACGUGGAAUGAUGGGUGCUAAUUUUCCUGAUCGUGUGAAAGGUCAUUAUUUUUGGUUUUCGACAAUAGAAGAUCUUGUUCCAAAAACCAGUGGUGAUAUAACAUGCAAAAUAAAUGGAGUGCAUGCCAUGGAUACUCACACCGUUGUGCACAAAGCUGAACCAAUAAAUGAUUAG